AUGUUUCUGAGAAAGAAACCGCCCCAGCUACUGGUUCUUGAGGAGCUUCAGCAAACCUACAACGAUGUGUGUAACCUGUCCGUCAAGAACCUCCAUAUGGAGGAAACAGGCAAUUUUGCUGAAGCCUUGAAGGGCUGGAAAUCGCUACACACGCUGUUGCUUUAUAAAAUCGACCUUUUUGAAAAGUCUUCCAAGAUUAACAUGGAAGAGCAGACCAUACUCACCGAGCUCAGAGCCAUCAGAGACGAGAACGUCAAGCAUUUGGUCCGUAUCCAGCUUCGUCUAGAUGAAGAAAAUAGGCGCCGCAAACGUUCUGCCGAACAGGCGCCUCAAACCCAGGCUUCUUCCGCUCAUAAAAUGACUAUACCCUCUUUAAGAAGCAGCAAUCCGGCGAGUCGAUCUUUCAACAGCAACAACCAGAGACUGAUGAUGAAGUCUCUCAGACCUCAGCCGGCUACGUACAAGCUAUCACAGAAAAGCAGGGAUACCGUGCAAGCUGCGGUGAACAAGUCAUGGAACAAGCCCACUGCAAAACCUACGCCUGCCAAGCUGGAAGAAGUGCUUUUUGACGACUUUGACCAGAACGAAUACGUUGGCAAUGGCAAUGGCAACUGGGAGCGUCUUAAUUCCCAUGAUCUGAACUCCACUUCGAACGGACUGUUCAACUCUAAUACCAGCAACCUAAUCGACUUGGACGACGAAAAUGGAGACGAGCUUAAUUUCUUCGACGAAAACGUCACCAAACUGAUGGGCGACCUCAGCAUUAAAAAACUGCCUCCACCACCGCCUCCUCCAAGAGCCAGACAAUACAGCGCAAACACUUCAAAAGCACCUCCAGUGCCCACAGAAUCACCACCUAGACCCAAGCCACCACACUUGACAAACCCAUCAUCACGCAUAACUCCAAGUCCACAUCUGACGUUCCAGGGCUACGAUGACGAUGAUACUUUUGCUAACGGCGAGCUAGACCCUGAACAGGCUGCCGCCGAUGGCAUGAACCCAUCAGAGCAAGAGGCCUUAAUCAAAUCUAUUCGUGGUAUUGACGAGCUAGCUGCGACUCAAAUCUUGAAUGAUAUUGUGGUUAGAGGUGAUGAGGUUUAUUGGGAUGAUAUUGUUGGUCUUGAGAGUGCCAAAAAUUCUCUCAAAGAAGCUGUUGUGUAUCCAUUUUUGCGUCCUGAUUUGUUCCGUGGUCUUCGAGAGCCUACGAGAGGUAUGCUUUUGUUCGGUCCUCCAGGUACUGGUAAGACUAUGCUUGCAAGAGCUGUGGCCACGGAGUCCAAGUCCACUUUCUUUUCCAUUAGUUCAUCUUCAUUGACUUCGAAGUAUUUGGGUGAGAGUGAGAAGCUUGUUAAAGCAUUGUUCCUUUUGGCGAAGAAAUUGAGUCCUUCGAUUGUUUUCAUCGACGAGAUUGAUUCCCUUCUUGGAACAAGAACAGAAGGCGAAGUGGAGAGUAUGAGAAGAAUUAAGAACGAAUUUUUGGUCCAAUGGUCUGAACUUUCAUCUGCAGCCGCAGGCAGGGACUCGAGCGCUGGAGAUGUAAGUCGUGUGCUUAUUUUGGGAGCAACUAACUUGCCAUGGGGUAUUGAUGACGCUGCCAGAAGAAGAUUCGCUAAAAGAGUUUACAUUCCUCUUCCCGAAGACGAGACAAGAAAGUUACAGAUUUCCAAGCUUUUGCAAUAUCAAAAACACACGUUGCUGGAUGAAGACUUCGAAAAGCUUGUUGAACUUACAAAGAGUUUCAGUGGAAGUGAUAUUACAUUAUUGGCUAAAGACAGUGCCAUGGGACCGCUUCGUUCGUUGGGCGAUAAAUUAUUGAGUACUCCUACGGAAGAGAUCCGUCCAAUUCAGCUUUCUGACUUUGUUGAAAGUUUGAAAUAUAUCAGACCAAGUGUCUCUAGCGAGGGUCUUGGCGAGUACGAGAAAUGGGCUGCCCAAUUUGGAUCUUCUGGAGCGUAA